AUGUAUACACAAUAUGAAUACUUCGUGCAUGCUCUACGAAGUCAAGUUAACAACCUAAGACACUACCCAGGUCGUCGCCAUAACCCAGAGCAUCAUGAUUUUCCGGACUCUGGCCGUUACCCGGACCAUCGCCUGAGGGUCAUUGAGCAGCUAGAAGUGACUCGCCGCGAGAUGAGUGGAAUCAUGGCUACUAUUGAUUUGUCCAAGACUGUGGACUCCACUGAUCUCCGAAAUCUCUGCACUUUUAUUAUGCCAGUCCUGCCCUUACUGAUUAGUACUCUUAGAUGCACCGCGACAGAAGACCAUAAGGUUGCCUUUGACCUCGCGCGUAUUCUCACCCGCGCAGAGAUAGUUAACAACUGGAGCUAA